GUUGAUUUUGAUUUUUGUUGGUUAUGUUAUGAAUGUUUGAAAUUAAUUUUUUCAGUUCAAUCUUCCGAGCUAAGUUUAAAUUAGAAAGAUGAGUGAAGUAAACCAGAUAUCACCUUGGUAUAAUACAGUCGAAUGGAAUAAAGUCUAUAAUAAUAUAUUUGAGCCAACUUCAUCACUUACUACAAAACAAAAUGCUCUCGACCAAAUAAUAAUUUGGAAAGCUAGGUGUCCUGCUUUGCCUUCUGGGAUUGAAGCUACUAUGAGCUUACUGAAUGUGUACAUCCAGGACCAAGGGCAAAACCAUGAUAUAUUUAACGAUCAUAUACUUCGCUUAGCAUACUCUUCUGCAUUGAUGCGGUUUGUAAAUCAUAUGUUUGACAAAGAAACUGCGAAAGGGCUCAGCUUGUUUCAGGCUGCCAAAACUUUCGGAGUUCCAGAAUGGAUUAUAGAGUUACGCCAUGAUACUGCACACAGUAAUAAACUGCCUCAGCUCGAGUUACUGAGAGAAGCUUGUGUUCUGAGUUUAAAUUGGCUUCAAAUAAAUUAUUGGAAUAAACAUAAAUCAUGUAUUACUGAUUAUAUUAUCGGUAAAGUUCACAAUGAAACAGAAACAGACAAAAAGAUAACAGCACUGAUGAGCUUCUGUGUUUCACUAAGUAUUUGUUCACAUCCUUCAUGCAAAUUAAAGACUUUAGCUGAUAUAACAUCUAAAAAUUUGAGGGAAUAUUUAGUUAAUGAUGCUCGUCAUUUGUUUGAAGACAGUCUAAAUUUUUCAAAUUUAAACAUUGGAAUUGCCAAACUGUGGAGUGCGAUGAAUAAUAAAGCCAAGAAAAUACUGAAUAAUGAGUCUUCCUCAAGUUAUGUAAACAAAGCACUAUUGUCAGAUGGAUCUGCAUUUUUAUCACUAGAUAUGUACAAACAUCUAGAUAACUUUGGCUAUACUAACAAUAGACCUUUAAAAACAAACUAUGUACAAAGUUUUUCUGGACUUUUGCAUUUUCUUAUGACAAAUGACUUACUGCGAGACUUUUUAUUGGAGCUCAUUAAGAUAACACAGGGUGAGAAUGAGAAAUGUGUUAAUAAAUGUAAACUUGCAGCUAAAUGGGUGUUCAUUAUUUUAGAAGCUUUAAGGAAAAAUCAACAGUUUAUGGAAAAGAUAAAUACGACUGAUAUUGAUAUGUCAUUAAAGAAUGAAACAGAAAUUAACAACUUAUACUAUCACUGGUUUCCGAAUGAUAAGAAGAGAGCAAUAUUCUUAGACUUGCGUAAACCAGUACCAAAAGAAUUUACUAACAUAAAUUUCAUACAGCCAAUUAUUUCAACUUACAAUUCUUAUCUAGUGUUUUUUGUAAAGGAGCUUUUAUCCCUUGUAAGACCUAUAAUACCUGAUUCAGUAAAGGUCAAAAUAUGCCAACUUGCAAAAGUAAUUGCAUCACCAGAAAAAUUUGCAGUUCUGUCUAGUAAAAUAUAUACAGCUGAUGAUCUCCAAAUAUCAAACAAUUCGGAAAGCAUAAAUGAAUCGAAAGACAAUGAGGAUAUAGAAAUAAUAGAAGUUCAAAUAGAAGGAAAAAAAAAUGAUGAUACCACACAGAAGUUUGGUAUAUGGCAAAAUGCUUCUAAAAAUGCUGAUUGGAUGACAUGUCCUAUAGGACAACUUCCUUGGACACAAACUGUAGAAGACAUGGAGAUACAGUAAUUUUAUAAUUUAAAUUAGAAAUUAAAGCCAUGUUAUCCACA